CGGCGAGCGACGGGUCAUGGAGCCGGAUCCUGUGGAAGGGGACGGGUUUGGUAGCAGCCACCACGAAGGAAGCGGCGGAUCUUCCCCACCGCUGAGCGGACUCACCGCCUCUCAGCGGAGGGCCGAGAUUCGCCGGCGAAAGCUCCUGAUGAACUCGGAGGAGCGGAUCAAUCGCAUCAUGGGCUUCCAUCGGCCGAAGGCGGAUGAUGACACUCAUUCAGAAACUAAGCUUCAACUGGAACAGGAUAAACCAAUUUGCCUUCCUGCUCCUGUUUCCAAACGGGUUGUGCUUGGUGAUACAGUCUGCAGCUUAUCAGGAACGGCUGACCACACAAGCAGUUUAGCAGAGCACAAAGGAGAGAAAAUAGACUUAUUUAGCAAAACUCAUGAAGUUGGUAGCGAUGGCAGCAGUGAGCUCCGGCAACGCAGUAGAGGGGAACUGUUGGACGUUCCACAGAGAGCACCACGCCAUGGAUUAGAUCAGUAUUUAUCAAGGUUUGAUGAAGCAAUGAAGCUUAGAAACCAGCUGAUGAAUGAGAAGCCAAGUCAAGAAAAUGGAAGCGCUUUGGAGGAAUUUGAUUCCUUUCACAUUUUUAGAUUGGUGGGCUGUGUACUCCUUGCCAUUGGUGUUAGAGUUUUUGUAUGCAAAUAUUUGUCAAUAUUUGCUCCAUUCCUUACUUUACAACUUGCAUAUAUGGGACUGUCAAAGUAUUUCCCUAAGAGUGAAAAGAAGACAAAAACUACAGUAUUAACUGCUGCUCUUUUACUGUCUGGGAUCCCUGCAGAAGUAAUUAGUCGUUCCAUGGACACUUACAGCAAAAUGGGAGAUGUCUUCACAGACCUUUGUGUUUAUUUCUUUACUUUCAUGUUCUGUCAUGAACUGCUUGUGUUUUUUGGCUCAGAAGUGCCAUGAUAAUAGCAUGGGAUUCAGUACAUCAGCAGGACUAUUUUAGUCUUGAGUUCAUUCACACCCCUCUGUAAAUAUACAAACAGGGUUAAAUGUUCAUCAGUUCUUUCUUCUUUCUUAAUCCAGUGUACUUUAAUCACAACUAUGAAGGAAAAGCCACAUUCCCAACUAUGAGGAUGAAUUAUUACAAGUUAGGUGUCAUAAGUUUGAUUUCAAACAUGGAAGACAAAGUAACAAUGUUUCAAAAGCAGGCCUUUCCUGCUACUAAGGAAAACAUUAGUUUUCCCACUAUUGCUGAUGCCACCUUGUACUUUAAUAUUUCUUUUGGACAUGAAACCCCAAGACAACUGAGGUAUUGUGUGGUUGACUGAAUUACAUUUUAUGGCUUUGUUCCAGAAUUCUUGUGUUGAGCAAAAGGUGGGAAAGCUAUUUUGGCCUGUUCCUCCAUUUCAUGGGCCCCUUAAAACACUGGGAUAAGUACCCUCUGCAACAUCAUACAAAGGACACAGGCAGUUGAAAUGGAUAGUAGCUAGUGUUCUCUUUCUUCCUCCCAUCAGAAGCCCAUGCUUGAAACUUGACGUGUUCCACAAAUGGAAAGAGACCUACUGAGGAUCAAUCGAGAAUGAUUUCUUAAGGUCAUUCCUCUGGGUUAAUAUUUGUCACUUCAAUAUACUUGUUCAUACUUUGAACAAGUCGCAUAUGCGGAUAAAAAUGCUGAUAAAAUUCAGAGGCUUCUGGUUUUAGGAAUGUAAUUAGACUGGGUCAAAUUAUUUUUUUGUUGUCUUCAUUACAGGUGGUAAUGUUCUGUUGAUAAUAUAGAAAGAUGAAUUAAAAAAUAGUGCAAUCUGACUUGACAUUUGUGUACAUUCCCAUUUGAAUCGGAAUCUUGCUACUUUUGUUUACAUGAAUUAUGAAUAUGCUGCAUUAAAUGGACGCUGCAGAUUGAAAUACUGGUCUUUGGGUUAUUAACCCUUUGAACAGUUAAGUGUCACCAAUUUUAUUCAUCUCUUUGACAUUUCAGUAAAUCUUAGAUUAUUUUUUUUUGUACGACAAGUUAGUCAAGCUUUGGUAUCUUAUCCCAUAUAUUUUCUUUUCAGGAAUAUGUGCAUGUGAUGUUUAGCAUCUUUACCUAAACACCAAGGUACACUGCAGUGCAAGAAGAUGCAAAUUAGUAUUUUACCCCAGUGUUAGUCAAGUGUUUAAUAUGCAUAAUAUUUUAGAAAACAGGUAGCAGAAAAUAUGGUCUGUUUAUAGUAGAAUGCUAAUUUUAAAAUAUAUAAAUUGGUUCUUAUAAACCCAUCUGAAAACAAUUACUUGAAGUAUGUUCCAUUGAAGUUAGCAAAUCCUGAUGUUCUUUUUUGAAAUGUUUUGUUUCUUGGCCUUCUCUAUAGUCAAGCCUUAACUCAGUUUUAAAAUUGGUACCCUUUUAUAGUUUUGUAUUUAUACAAGCAAUUUGCCAAGUCUUCAUUUCACAUUUAUGUAGCCAAUCACAGUGGCUAUAAAUCAUAAAAUAUGGCAGACUUGAUUAGUUGAUCUUAAUUUGCAUUAGAUUUUAUGACUCCAUUACGGGCUGAAGGAGAUGUGUCAUGUAUUUGCAAUCCUUUCUUAUGUUACAGUUCUUCCCUAUCUUCAUCUUGUCACUGUUUUAUAUAUAUGUAGCCCAUUCUCAGUACCCAUUAAGUAGUUCUAUUUUGCAAAGAUUUGGAAAUUAAUUAAUCAAAGACAGAAAUUAUACAGUGGAACAUUUUCAUUAUUCUGAAAAAUGAGAUGACUUUUUUCUUGGGGUUUAAUUUUUGAAUGUCUGCUGGCAAGUAGCUUUGCCUACAAUUAUUACAGCUAAUUUAAUUUUACAGUCUAAAUUAAAACACAAUUGGGUUUUUAAAUAUUUGAUAAAAAGUUAAACCGGUUCUUUCUUUAUUUUUAUUUUUUUAUUUAUUUACAUUUAUAUCCCGCCCUUCUCUGAAGACUCAGGGUGGCUUACAUUGUGUAUAAUGGACUCAUACAUUUCCUUACACUGUAAUUUCAGAGAUUGCAUUUACUGCACCAAAUUUUACCACUGCUCCUUGGAAAAAGUGUUUUGGAGAUUAAGUUGUGGCUGAAAUACACAAAGAAAUGUGCAUAUUUUGGCAUUGCAGUUUCAUUCGGUUUAAAAAACAAAUUUGUCUAUUUACAACAUGAACUAUAAUGGAAAUACCUUGAAAAAAGUUUAUUUUUAGGUUUUUACUCUGUACAUUUAAUUUUUCUAAAUUCCUAUAAUUCAUAUUUUUGAUGAUGGACCUUCAAAUAUUGAUAAAAUAGCAUAAAUCUAAGAUCUUGUUUGAUAUAUUUUUACUUCAAAAAGCAAACAUAGGUAUAGAAUUAUCAAUCCCAACUCUUGAUAUUUUGAUAGUAUCUUAGGCAUUUUUGCCCAAUGACUGCCAUGGUGAAUAUGGUCAUUUCUGACAGUGAAAUCUUAUCUAAGACCCAGUUACAGGAUAGACUGUUUUUGGAUAGUGAUUCUAGAAGAUGCAAAAAAAAAAAAGAGCACUCUUUCCAUAGAAGAUAAGAAAAGAUAAAAGUAGGAAAAUUAAUGACCAACACAUUAAGAUGGAGAUCUGCAUGUUUUUCCCAAAUGCCUGCUCCAUAAAAACAAAGAUUUUGAUGUUCAAAACCCAUCUAUCCUUUUUUUAAAAAGGGGUGGGGGUAGGGAGGGAAAUAGAAAACAUCAUAAACAAGAUUCAAGUUAAAAAAAAUAUCAGUACUGCAUUGAAAAAUGUGCAAAAUAUCUUCAAGUGUGGCCCCUUUCUAAGGAAAUUGCUAGUAUCGCUAUAUUUGCAGAGUUAUUGGCAUCCUUGUUUUUAAUAUAUUUUACAUAUUUUAAUGCAAAUAGAAAAUAAUUGGGCAGAGUGCCUGGUGGUUUAAAAGUAAGUUUCUCCAAGCACAAAGAAGGAGCAGCUCUCCUGUGCUGUCUAAAAGUAUGUAUAUGGUGAAAUAAGCUGCUUUGUGUUUCCUUUUCCAUAAUUUGGACUUUCUCUGUAAAAAUCGCACAUUGUUGUAAUUGUUGCAUUGAUUCUGUUAAAUGCAUUGAAGCUAUACAUGUUACAAUUAUUUAUGCUUUGGCAUUACUUGAAUAUACAUUAAAAUGUCUGCAAAGGUCA